CUGAAUAGUAAGUGCCGUGCGAGAAAAGGAAGAAUAGAGGGCAGCUUGUAGUGAACAGCUGGGUCUGGUAAAGGGUUCGGGUGGUGUUCUUUUAAAAUAUUUUUGUUCAUACAUCUCGCUUGUUUCCAAUUAAUUAUUCUGGCGAAAGGUUGAACGGUUAAAAUGGAGGCGGACAGAUCCGGCGGUGGACCAAACCCGAACUCCGGAGGUGGUGGUGGCGGAGGCAGUGGCAACAGCGGAGCGGGGCGCAACCCUAACGGGCCCAAAGCAGCAUCGGGCCACACGACAUCUGGUACUGGAAUCGGACCAAUGGCAGCCGGGGCAGGCCCCGGGUCGUUUCUGCCUCGAGAGGCGCAGGACGGGGACUCGGGUAUGACGCUUCCCGGGAUCCUACACUUCAUCCAGUACGAGUGGGGACGCUUCCAGGCCGAGAAAUACCGCUGGGAGGCUGAGAGGGACGAACUCAGGGCUCAGGUGGCAUUCCUGCAGGGUGAGAGGAAAGGCCAGGAGAACAUGAAACAAGACCUGGUGAGGCGGAUCAAAAUGUUGGAGUAUGCCCUCAAACAAGAAAGGGCUAAGCACCAGAAGCUGAAAUCAGGAAAUGACCAGAGUCUUGGAGACAAGAAGCCUGAGAUGGAGGCAGAUCAACUUCCCAAUGGACCAGCUGAGACAGACUCUGAGCCAGCCAAUCAGAUGUCCUGGAAAGAGGGGCGUCAACUACUACGCAAGUACCUUGAGGAAGUCGGUUAUUCAGACACUAUCCUGGACAUGCGCUCAAAACGCGUACGCUCCCUGCUGGGGCGGAGCAGCCCGGAGGCUAACGGUCCCCCACCGGGCGAAAGCUGUCCGGAACCAGAGCCCCGAGCGGCUGGAGAGUCCUUGUUGGUCAGACAAAUAGAGGAACAAAUUAAAAAGAAUGCAGGUAAAGAAAGCUCCAAGGAAAGCAUCGGCAGCUCGGUGCUCGAUAAGAUCCCCUUCCUUCAUGGCUGCGAGGAUGACGAUGAGGAGGACAGUGACGAGGAAGAUGAUUUCCAAGGCAUGGCCACUGACUGCAUCGACAGUCCACGCAAAAACAAAAAGUCCCCUGCAAAGAUAAGUUCAGAGCCCAUGACCACAGAUCUGGACCCGGAGGAUGAGGACGAGGAGGACGACUCAGAAGACGCCCUGAAUGAAUUUGACUUUCUGGGCUCGGGGGAGGAGGGGGAGGGGGCGGGAGAGGCCCGGAUCACGGGCGAUGGACGGGAGAUAGAGAACCGCAGGAACAAGCUGCAAGGCGUGAUGUCUGACUUCCCUCCUAAACCAUCUCCGCCCCCAUCUAUAUCAGGACAGGCUCGCUCUGGGGAAGGUGGCGCCCUGGGGUUCUCCUCUGAUGUCUUUAUUAUGGAUGCUGUUGGAGGAGGCGACAUGAACCUGGGUGAACUUGCAGAUCUCACUGUCGCCAACGACAACGAACUCUCCAUAGAUAUGCAGGACAACAGAGAGGAGUUCAAGAAGACCUGGAAUCCUCGUUUUACGCUGCGCAGCCACUUCGACGCCAUCCGAGCGUUGACAUUUCAUCCAAGCCAAGCAGUGCUGCUCACAGCGUCUGAGGACGGCACCCUAAAGCUGUGGAACCUCAACAAGGCCAUGCACUCAAAAAAGAACGCAGCUUUGGACGUAGAGCCCAUCUACACCUUUAGGGCACACAGUGGAGCCGUCCUGUCGCUGACCAUGAGUGAGGAUGGACAAUCCUGCUACAGCGGAGGUUUGGAUGGAAGCGUCAGAUGUUGGAAGAUGCCCGACCUCAAUGUGGAUGCCUAUGAUAACUACGAUCCGGGCAUCCAGAGCAGUGUGCUGGAGGGCCACGAGGACAGCGUUUGGGGUCUAACAUACUCGUCGGUUCACCAUCGUCUUGCUUCAUGCUCAGCUGACGGCACGGUUCGCCUCUGGGACCCUCAAAACUCAUCUCCCUGCAUGUCCGUCUUUAAUAAGGAGAGAGAACACGGAACACCCACCUCCGUGGCCAUUGUGACCACAGACCCCAACCAGGUGGUGGUGUCGUUCGACAACGGUGAGACGCUGCUCUACGACCUCAACACGGAGCAGAGCAUCGCCGCAUUAGAGACGCAGACGAAAGAUGGCAGUAAACUUAUCAAUCGCGUCGUCAGUCACCCAACUGAACCCGUCUCCAUCACGGCACAUGAGAACCGCACCAUCCGCUUCAUGGACAACAAGACUGGUAAAGUUGUCCACUCAAUGGUGGCUCACUUGGAUGCGGUCACAUGCCUCACUACAGACCCUAAAGGCACUUACCUCAUCUCUGGAAGCCACGACUGCUCUGUGCGUCUGUGGAUGCUGGACAACAGGACGUGCGUGCAGGAAAUCACUGCCCACAGGAAGAAGCACGAUGAGGCCAUUCAUGAUGUGGCCUUCCAUCCUUCCCAGCCCUUCAUCGCCAGCGCUGGCGCAGACGCACUUGCCAAGAUUUUUGUGUGAAUCCACUGUUGUCAAUUUGCGUCCUGCAACCACAACUGGGCAAAAAGAGGCUGAAGACGGCAGUGGACGGAUUUCUCCUGCUCCGUCUCUCUCUCUCACACACACACACACACAGAAACACACACAACUGUCCUGCAGCCCACUGGCUGGGUCGUCACCACGGGACAUUGACCCCUCACAGUUCUCUGAUGCCUCAGUGACUUCUUGUAAUACUAAUCAUAUCUUGUACUGCUUUUUUACAACUUUAAAAAAAUUAUGGCUGCUCUGUUUUCAAGUAAUCAUAUUUUGAAAAACACUUUUCUACACUACACUCUGCUUUUUUUGCCCUCUCUCCUUUCUGCCUGUAUUUAUUACAGUCCACCUUAUGUAAAUGUUUGUGAGCACUUGCUGCUGACACACUACCUACAUUUCACUAACACAUUUGCACUGCCGCCUAUCAUUUGUGAUCUUCAGUUUGAAUAAAGGAGGAGGUGCUUCUGGCGAACAAACAGCAAUGGCUGCCAGCGUUCACAAGAAGCUUCUGAUCCUGGCUCUGCUUUGGGAAUUAGUUUCUCACAUUCCAAAGACUUCAGGUAGAUUGUGUUUGUUUGGUUUCACACUUUGUUUUUGAGAAUGUUUAACUCGGUUGUGUGAAAUAUCAAGAGACACUAAGCAGUAAACAAAUAGCUUUAAUUUUAAAUACAUCAUCACUUGACUUCAUCCCUUUUCAUUCCUCUGUGUGGUGUCCUGUGAUUCUGCGUCUUUUCGCACGUGUUGCCGUUCAAAAGCAAAAAAAAAAAAAACAGCAAUCCAGAAAAAACAAAUUACCACGAUAACGAUCCAUUUCAAAACGAGCAGACUCAUGAUCUCACUACAUUACCUAGCAGAAGAUGGAGAUUAUAAGAGCUGGAAUCAGUAGGCUGUAGAGGUGUGAGCCUGGCCUGUGUGCUCUCAACAAAUGGCAUAGAUGCUGCCAUUUGGUGCUUUUUACUGUACGUUGGAGUGUGUGUGAGUGUGUGUGUUCGUAAAUGCACUAUUUAAACCAUGGUGCUACAAAAAGACCUCAUCAGUCUUGAGAGUCAGAAUCAGGGACCUGUUUAUUGUGUUUCUGUAUGAUUGUCGUCACGUUUUAGGCUGUUUUGGUUGAGUCAUCUCAUUAACUGUGGCUACAUUUCAGAAUUAACCCACACUGUUAAUGUUUGGAUUUGAGGAAUGUGAAUAGUUUUGAUUGUUUUAGGCUUGAUUCAUGUGCAAGUGUGAUCCUGAGAAGGUCAUUUUCAGCUCUCAGAAGAGCUUCAUGAAGGUGACGCCACUUCGUGGGGGAUUGUUGGUGGUUUUGUCGCUGGUUUUAGUGUUUUAGAAUAGCCAGAAGUCAUUUACCUUUCGGUUUUGAGUUCAGAGGAGCUAACGCAACAAAGAUGGGUUUCCUCAUUCUCUAGAGGCAUGCUGGGGAAAAUAUUGACAUACACCCAGCAUAGUUAUCAUAUUCUUUGUUUUUGGGCUUUUAAUUAUUUAUUUAAACCUUACUCCUGUAGGAUAAUGUCAGUGAUUUAAAAAAAAAAAAAAAAAACAGGAAUUUGGUGCACAAGUUUUAGUUUAUUCUGGAUUUUCUCUGAUCCACACACGGUCAAAAUUAUACCUGAAAACACACAUACACCCAAACUAAUAUAUUGCCAAAUUAAAACUGUACUUUAACCACCGGCAUUUUGUUGUCAUCAACAAGCUACUGGCAUAAUUCUGACUUGAUAUUUCAUCAAUUUACAGAAUUGGUAGAGUUUAUUUCAGUUGGUUAAUUUCUUGCCAUGAACCUGGCUUUUAAGCAAAUCUUAUGUAUUUUCAAUAAUGUUGAGAUGAAGGCAGUUCUAGACGUUUAACAUUUGCCAGGUUUCUCCGUUCCAUACCAGUUUUGAUGUGUGUUUGAGGUUGUUGUCCUGUCUGACCCAAAGUAUGGCUUCAAAGUUCAAGAACCACCCCUCAAGCUUAUUACAACCAGUAUGUGUGGAGGAAUCAAACACCAUACCAACUGUCAAGCAUCAAAACUGUUUCUGAAAAGGAUAAAGGAGACUAAUGACCAACUUCUAGAAUAACCCGGACCUCAAUCUUACUGAUGAACCAGCUCUGUUCCAGGAAACCAACCAGUUUCAGUGAGCUCUGACAAGUUGUGAAAUAUCCAGCCAGAAUUAUGCCAGAAGCUUCUAGAUGGUUUGGUUUCUCUGCAACUUACAAAAGGACCUUUUACACCAGUUAGUAGUUUUUCUGUUAUAGUUAUUGUGGAUUAGAAAAACUGCAAAAAAUUCCAAAUUGUGCUCCCAAUUAUUUUCUUGAAAUGUUUGUGGAAAUAAAAGCCCAAGCUUAUGGUAAUAAGUGUAAACCUCUGAACUAAACAUUCUUCCUGAAAAAAGUAUUGAUCUUAAGAAUGUGGGUGUCGUGUAAUAUGGGUGACACCUGGUCUGUCUCGCUGAUUUGUUGUUUUAAUCACAACCCAGAAAUCCCCUGGGUUUUAACCGUCACAUCUGUCUCUUCGGUCGCCGGUUUUAUACAAAUCUCUACAAACAGCCAUCUGGAUCUGAACGUGUAUAAUCUGUUGGCAGAAGACAGUGUCGUUGGUGUCAGAAGCUUAAACUUGUUAGGUUAAAAUAAGCUAAAUUAAGAUGUUGUUGAAUGAGGAGAAGAAAUAGAACACAUGGACAGAAAAAGAGUUGUAAAACCAUUGCUGGUUCUUUUAUGACAUUCAGAUUAUCCAGAUAUGUGGAUUCUCUGAAAUCCAGUAAAUAAAGCCCUCCAGAUUAGAUUAGAUAUGGAUUUCUAAAACAAACACAUAUUUAUUAGGUUUAGGUGAAGUUUGCCUUUUACCAAGCAGCCCUUAGUGGAGAGCAUUCAAGAAGACCCCUAAAAUUUGAUGUACAGGGUCACAAAGUGUUUUUUUUUUUUUUUUUUUUUUUUGCAAUGCGAGAAUUAAUUAUAAAUCUGUAUAUUUUUUAUCCAAACAGGGUGUUGUAUAGAUGUGUGAGAUUAGACAACAUGUCACUGCUGUUAGUUUGACAUAAAUAAAUAAAAAUAAAAAAAAGACAGCAGGUCAUAAUGUUCUGUUCUUACACUUAACUACUUUUUACUUCCACCUUGCACUACAUCUGAAAGCAAAUGCUUAGUUUAGAAAUGAGCAGACGGGGUGCAGAAAGGUUUUGCAAGUGGUUUCUUCACCUGAAAUGAAAGCUCCUCUGUCCCUGAGCUGUUCUGUUUCCCCUCUGAGGGAGCUAAGACAAAUCAGAGCGACACAUUAUGAAAAGAAACAGGCUAUAGAUGAGUAAAUUCACCAUUAUGUGCUGUAAAUGUCUAUCGUUUCAUUGUUUUCUUUCUUGCAUUUCAUUUUUUUUGUAUUAUAAAUAUGAUUAUUAAGAUUUAAGAGUACUGUAGUAUCAUAAGCGAGUCAUUCUUCCUUGCUACGCAUAGAACAUACUUGUGAAUGAUGAUGACAAUGUAAAACUUGUAAAAAGGCAAAACGGUAAAAAAAAAAAAAAAAAACGAGACGAAAAUUCUGAAAAUAUGUUUGAAAAAAAUCUGUUACCAGUCAGAGGCCAAGGUAAAGGACUCUCAUUUCUUUGUGUUUUUAUUUUUUUAUCAGCAACUUAUCACUGUGUGAUAUUUUGUACAUCAUAUAAAGCUGUAUUCCAACUUUUCUUCUAACUACAAGGGAUAAGAGACCUGCUUUUUAUUGAUUUUGUUUUAUAUAUUUUUGAACUGCAUUCUGGCUUGUAUCAAAUGACUCUUUUUGUUUACCGGGGUCACCUGUUGUAUGUCAUUAAGGAAGAAAAGAUGAAAAAUUAAAAUUUUGUACAGUGAAAUAAGA